GAGGCCGGGAGGGGGCGGGGCUUCAGGCGGAGAGGGAGGGAAAAGAAAAGAACCGGACGGGGAGUGGAGCUGGCGCCUACGGUGGCCGGAGAGGGUCGUGCCGGGCCGGAGGCUGCAGGAUGAUGCGAUUCAUGCUACUGUUCAGCCGGCAGGGGAAACUUCGGCUGCAGAAAUGGUACCUGGCCACCUCAGACAAGGAGAGGAAGAAAAUGGUCCGUGAGCUCAUGCAGGUCGUCCUGGCUCGCAAGCCCAAGAUGUGCAGCUUCCUGGAGUGGAGGGACCUCAAAGUUGUCUAUAAGAGAUACGCCAGUCUCUAUUUCUGCUGCGCCAUCGAAGGUCAAGACAAUGAGCUGAUCACGCUGGAGCUGAUCCACCGAUAUGUGGAGCUCCUGGACAAGUACUUUGGCAGCGUCUGCGAGCUGGACAUCAUCUUCAACUUUGAGAAAGCCUACUUUAUCCUGGAUGAGUUUUUGAUGGGUGGGGACGUCCAGGACACCUCCAAGAAGAGUGUGCUUAAGGCCAUUGAGCAGGCAGACCUGCUGCAGGAGGAGGAUGAGUCACCGCGCAGUGUCCUGGAGGAGAUGGGCCUGGCAUAGCCCCGUCAGCCAGCCUGGGGUCCCUGUGGAAUUGGGGAAGCCGAGACAAGAGACAGCACUUGGGGGCUGUUUCUCCCACCUCUCCCCCAGGCCCCUUCUCUGGGCGGGAGCCGGCUGCCUCUCCUCCGCCACCACCUCACCUUCUUUGGAAGGAGCUGCAGCUCCAGCCCUUCAUUCAAACAUUCCCUCCCUCCACCCUCUACCUUUCCCAGCGGAGGCUUUAGGAGCUAGAAGGCAGGAAAAUGUGACCUGGAUGGGGGUGCUAAGUGGCUUCAUUCCCCUCUUUGGAAGAAUCAGUGUUAACCCCAGCCAUCCUCCAGCCCUCCCCAUGUCCUAUAUCGCUGUAAAUAUAUAAAUACGUCAGGUUAAAGGGAAGAGGUUUCCAGGGCUCUUUUCUCCCCUCUGCCCCAAAACCUACCUCCACCCCUCCCCAUAGCCAGCCAGGGCAGCUUCUCUGCCUGGGAGGGGUUUUCCCUCUCCUGCCCCCACUUCCUCCUGGGCUCCAGUGUCCAGCCAGAGCCAGGGAAGGAACCACCGAGUUAAUGUUUUUCUAACCUUGCCACCCGGAGGGAAGGCAUGGUUCGGGGAGGGGCCUGCUUUCUGGGACACUGGCCCUGUCCCCCCGCCCCCACACCACAUUGUGGAUGUGGUGGGAGCCAAGCAGGUGGGGUGGGCCAAGCGGCUGCCUUUAUUUCCUUUCUUCUGAAAUAAAAGGAAAAAGUGUUUCUGGA